CCACUCAGAUCAGGCUGUGCUUAGCGGCGGCCUCCAUGCCUCAGCCUCCUGUAUGUACCCGCGCACCUACGCGUGAUUGCUGGCCCGAUGUAGUGCUAUCCGUUCUCUCAACCAAACUACUCGGCCUGUCCUUUGACCUGAGAAUUUGGACAAGUAAUCUUUUUCACCAGCUUGAAUUUUGUGUGCUGCAGAAUCACCUGAGCACAACUUGUCUCGGGCACAAAUUGGUCUGUAGGACAAGACUGCUUUCAUAUGUCUUAUAAUUCAAAAUAUUAUACUUUUUGCCUUGCACCUCGAUCUCUGCCCUAGAAAGCGAAAGCUGCCGCCAUCUGAGUCUAUGUAAGUGCCUGAUGUAGUGACUGCGGCGCAACAUCUAUUCAUUUCUUCACUUUCUUCUCGGACGAGAUGCAGCAAAUGCUAGGGUCUCAGUUUGUAUAUCGGCAACAAGCAACCGAUACUUUUCUAGGACCAAUCAUUGCGCACCUACCUGUGGGAGGCAACAUAUAAUGUACUUCGUUUGAUGCUUACGGCAUUUGUUGCCUCCCGUUGCUUCUUGCCUUCUUUUGCCUGCCCCGUCUAUCACAUUGCCUACAUGCCCCGGAAUAUCACAUAUGCAGAGAGUUGCUAUGUUGGCAGAGGAUCGUUUGUAGAUGGUCCAGCGACACCGCCCCAGACUCAGCCUCUUUGAACGUCAACGAUCAUCCAGUGAUCAACAUUAUCACAACUCAGAGCAUAUUGUGUCUGUUAGAGAUGGGGCAAAUAUGCCUGGUAACGAUGGGAGCGAAUACAGCCGUGAUUGAAGUACCAUCAACUGCUAGCUCCUAUCUCCAGCGGGCAUUUAAGAAGGGACAGCGUCCUCUCCAUUAUCUCACACUACUGGCAUAGCCUUCUACUCCCAUUCUAACUUUUACUCAACUACGAUCUUGACUAGAAGAAUGAAACCUGCUUGCACUCUUCUCUCUAUCUAUGCCACUCUUGUAGUCGCAAAUCCUCUUCCCUUAGAUUCUUCACCUCUCACCCUCGCCUCCCGAGACGGAGAUGACUGCUCCAGUCUACCCGCAUUCGUUGAACCGGGUGAAACAGUCGGAAAUCCAAACAGUGGACGCUGGUGCACAGCUAAGUGGAGGCAAGGCAUAUUCCCUAACGAGAUCGAAGCAUGGGCGAGCAAAGGCUGCCUGAAUUGGAUUCGGAUCAAGUUCACUGAUGGGACCGAGCAAGUCCAAGGGCAAAAGCCCCCAUCAGAUGGUAGCAAGCGGUACGGAACCGUGAAAUGGGAUCCGUGGAUUCACACCUUCUCCAGAUUUUCCCUCUGGGCCGGGGGGUGGAACAAGGGGGUAGGGCGGAUCGUUCUGGAAGUGAACGGCCAAAACAUGGAUGCUGGCAAGUAUUGGGACUACCCUCCUGUAGAACAUAAUGUAGCGCGCGGCGCAGAGAAUCAAGGCAUGCUGCUAGGGUUUGAGGGCACUUCCGGCGACUGCAUUGAUUCGCUUCACCCCAUCUUUUCGAAAUACAGACCUGAUAAGGUGGUCCUGAAGAACGCGACAUUCGAACCUACAUUUGAGCAGCUAAACGAGCGGCCCUUCGACCAGAGAAUGCUGACACCGGCAUCAGCUGGAGCCUACUUUCGCAACGACCUAAAAGAUACCGAUUUCACUGGCAAAGUAAAGCUUGAUAUUGCGACGGAGCAUCAGGUCAAGACGACCUCUCAGGAGCAGUCUGGAUGGGAACAUGGCUGGGAAGCAGGUAUCACAUAUGGAUACGAAGUCGAUGUGAAAGCCGGGGUCCCAGUAGCAAACGUCGACACGAAAAAAAGCCUUGAAGUGUCUGGGAAGUAUAUAGGCAAGCAUAUCCAGAUGGACUUUAAGGGUAGGGAAGAUAUGGAGCUUACACGAAUUACAAGCUCGUACGAAUCAGCGGUUAUCGUCAAGCCAGGUAGAAUCGCGCGAUGCAGCGUCACUAUCCUGCAAAGCCAUGUCAACCUUCGCUAUAGUGCAACACUUGAGCAUAUUUGGAAGAGUGGAGAGUCAUUUUCAUAUCCAUCGACUGGAAGCUUUGAGAAUGCAGCCUCGGGCGAGGGUGUGGUCUCUUGCGAAGAUGUAGAGCGGGUUGACGCUGACAAUUCAUUGUUCUCUGUCAGGGAGGAUGGAAUUUUCUGCCCCGCUGAUGGUAAGAAGGUUGGCGAAAAUGAUCCAACACAGGCCAUCAAUGGGUCGGCUUGCGGUGCUGCACCAACUCCACCCAGCAACAACGGCUCGCCGUCUCCCCCACCUAGUAAUAAUGGCUCGCCACCUCCCCCAUCAAUGCGUUGA